GCUCUGCAGGCAAACCUGGCAACGCGUAAUCGUUUGUGAAGCCGCUCCUUGAUUUCUUAAUUCAUACUGUACAUGAGCAGCUAUUAAUUAUGGUUAGGAUAUUUCCGUUUUAAAAAUUUUUAACUGAAUGGUCUGUUUGAGUUUGGCUUGUUGGAUGUGAUAUAAGUAGAGGAUGCGUUUUGCAGCAAAGCGCUGUGGGGUGCAGUUCAGCCCUCCUUCCAUAGUUUUAAUUUAUGAGCACACGGAAACCAAAAAGGUGCGCAAAAGAAUAAUACCUGUGAGAAACUUCUCCAAAUACUCCGACUACAGCAUGGCCGCUGAAAGGCUGAAAAACAACCCUCGGCACAGAGACUACCUUGAGGGUGUUUCCCAGAGCCAGCUCGAGAAGCUUCACAUCAUCCUGCGCGAUCACAUGCAGGGCUUCAGCCUGGAGCACAGCCUUUCCUCGUUCCAUCUGAACCCUAAUGAAGAUCUGAACAAGCUGGAUGAUGAGGAGCUGGCUCGCAAGAAAGGCCAAAUGGAUGAACUCUUUGAGAAGAACCGGAGGCACAAAGAUGAUCCUGAUUUUAUUUAUGACCUGGAAGUGGAUUUCACUAAGACCACCCAAGGAAAGUGCAGCUGGGAUGAUGAAUCAGAUGAUGGAUUUUGAAACUCUCUCCAUCAGUAUUUUUGAUUAAAAAUGUAGAUUGCAAACCUACAGUGAGGCAGAAGGAGCAUGUGACCUAACUGAUGUAGACUGCAAUGUUUUGUAUCCAUAUAAACACCAAUAUAGCAGAAAUACUAGAAUGCUCUGAUGCCAGGAUUCACCGUGGUAAACAAAGAGCGGAGCCUCUUUUUUAAUCAAGUGAAACUAGAAUUAUAAAUGUGACAUAACAUGACAUUUAUCUUUAAGAAAAAAUGCAUAAAUGGUCAUUAGGUAAGGCAACAAUAUUGUAAAUAUGAUAUUCUGCUUGAUCCACAUAGUAAUCAUUUAUCUGACUUGAAUACUUGAUAAAGCUGGGAUAUUUCUGGAAUUUUGCAAUAGGUUAUUACAAUUUUUUAAGGUAGCCCAUUUAUUCAGCUGUAACUGCAUGGGGGCAAAACAUAAGUCUUAGCAAACAAGACAAUUUACUUACUUUAAAGUCAUAGCCUGGCCUAGUAAUAAGUUAGGUGAAAAAGUUGAAAAGAUGCGUAGGUUCAAACUUGAAAUUUUUAGACUAUGGAACACUGAUAUUAAAUUUACAACAUCCAGUGACUGCGGUCUCUAAAAUUGAUGACAUAAAAGUGCCCACGUUAAUACAAAUCAACACACUUGUGUCUGUUACACAGGUAACUAACCCAUAGUUUGAGUUUCCUUCAUCACCCACAGCUUACCCUCAUCUCAGGGUUAAAAAACUCCAUUUCUAUUGAACCUGCUUUCUGGCACAGGAACCCAGCAUCACCAACAUUCAAAC